AUGCCUAUAGAAAAGACAGGCAGCAAUAUUCAGGCCGAGAAAGAGGCAGCGAUGGUUGAAGCGUGGCGCAGCACCCCGCUCGGAUACCCGCGCCUCUCAGAGAGAAUGGGGUUGAAGCCCGAGACGCUCAUCUUUCGCAAAUUCGUCGCGCUCAAUGCGCGCAUUCUAUUGUACAUGCAAGCUGAGCUUGUCGACCUCGAACGAGCCUUGCAGAAACAAGAGGAGCGAGAUUUGAAUGACAAGGAUGGGAAACGAAGCCGCUAUGCAUCAGACUUCAGCUACCUUCUUCUCAGUCACAAGUACGAUAAGGCAUUGAUACAACAGUACAAAGUCAACCAGAUUCCUGGACCAGAUCGCUUCGACCUCGACGACAUGCAAGCCUUACUGAUCAGCGAUGCAAUGGACCGUGGUGUAUUAACCGGCAACGACGCCACGAUCUGGGGCCACCCCGAUACUCCAAAUAUCCACGCUCCUGACCUGAUUGGUUUGUGCCAGCGCGAGGAUGUCGAUACUUUCUCCAGAAUCGUCUCAAGGAACGCGAUAUUCUUGUUCAACUACGGCCUGGGGCGUAUCAAGAAGGCAGACCACCAUCUGGGCAACGUGUACUAUGGAAGCUCGGUGCUCAACAUCACGAAGUGGAUAACCUCAAUCCUGGCAUCUAUGCUACCAGUAGCUUCAAUCCUGGUGCUGAGUAAGCUGCAGGCUAGAAAUACGAAGCUUGGGGUGCUGGUGGCGUUCAAUUUCGUUUUCACGGUUUGCUGCGGUGCAAGUCGUGUUCAUUGGGACUGA